GUUCCCUCAAUCUGCGCAGAAAUGGCGAAACCCGCCUCCCACAACCUCCUCCACCAUCACCACAGCAAGAGCAACUGGUCAAAAUUAGUCAUCAUUUUGGCGUGUGCAGCGCUUCUGGGAGCUGCUCUCGCUUUUAAUGUCUUUUGGGCAUCUUCUUAUUCCCUCUCCUCGACGUAUAUUUCCGUUGCAUCCAACUGGGCUCUCCAGAAAUCGGGAAUGAUAGUUGUCCCCAGUGUUCGCACCAACAAACCUGAAGCGGCAGAAAAUGAGAUUGCCAAAAGUAAGGAGGGCCGGGGUUCUGAGAGAUUCCUAUCAGCAACAUUUGCUGACAUACCAGCACCAGAAUUACCAUGGGAGCAGAUGCCGACAGCACCUGUGCCACGUCUUGACGGAUAUUCAAUACAGAUCAAGAAUCUCUUCUAUGUUUUUUCAGGAUAUGGCACCCUUGAUCAUGUCCACUCUCAUGUUGAUGUAUAUAAUUUUACUGAUAAUACAUGGUGUGAAAGGUUUGAUACACCAAAAGAUAUGGCAAAUUCACACUUAGGAGUGGCCACCGAUGGUAGAUACAUAUACAUUGUCUCAGGCCAGUAUGGUCCCCAAUGUAGGGGGCCUAUAGAUCGUAGUUAUGUUCUGGACACCAAGACAAGGAAGUGGCAGAGCCUGCCUCCUUUGCCUUCUCCCAGGUAUGCUCCAGCGACUCAAUUAUGGAGAGGCAGACUCCACGUAAUGGGUGGUAGCAAAGAAAACCGACACACCCCUGGAGUAGAGCACUGGAGUAUUGCUGUAAAAGAUGGCAAAGCCUUGGAGAAGAAGUGGCGGACUGAGGUACCCAUUCCUCGUGGUGGACCUCAUAGGGCUUGUGUUCUGUACAAUGAUCGGCUCUUUGUUAUUGGUGGUCAAGAGGGUGAUUUUCAGGCCAAGCCUGGAUCACCAAUUUUCAAGUGUUCACGUAGGCACGAGGUGGUUUAUGGCGAUGUUUACAUGCUAGAUGGAGAAAAGUGGACAAAGUUACCUCCAAUGCCAAAACCAAACUCCCACAUAGAGUGUUCUUGGGUACUUGUCAACAAUUCAAUUAUUAUCACCGGGGGUACAACAGAAAAGCACCCUGUAACCAAAAGGAUGAUGCUAGUUGGAGAGGUUUUCAAGUUUGAUCUAGACUCAAAGACAUGGUCAGUGAUUGGAAGGCUUCCUUACCGAGUGAAAACCACUCUGGCGGCAUUAUGGGAUGGAUAUUUGUAUUUUACAUCUGGACAGCGAGACAGGGGACCAGAUAAUCCACAGCCAAGGAAGGUCAUUGGAGAGAUGUGGAGAGCCAAACUUGAAUUGUGAUCAAGGUUAUGCACCUGAUCUUGUAAGAAUUGUUUUAUUUUAUAUUUUUGGCCAUGUAGGUAUAUUAUAAUUAUAGGUUCAUUAUUCUCGGGAAAUUUUGUUUUUAGACCAAUGGUUCUAUACUUGUACUCCCCAUCUUACUUGGGAGACUAAUAGGAUAUUAUUCACAAUCAAUCCUAUUAUUCACA